AUGUCGAGGUCGCUGUGCCCUGCGCUAGUCAAAGCGGUCCGAGCAGGAAGGGUCCGUCAGGUGCGUCUCCUCUUACAGGCAGGAUCGAGUCCUGAUUCGACGGGCGACCAGAGGGUAUCGGUACUGAGCUUUGCUUGUCUACUUGAUGAUGCGCGUGCUCGUAGAGAUAUCACACGUAUGUUGUCGGACUAUGGUGCGGACCCGACUGUGAUAGAUGACCUGGGUAGGCUGCCUCUGCAUUAUGCUGCAGUGUUGGGAUACCACAACAUCAUGGCUCUCUUUAUCAAAGACGGCGACGUCGAUGUGAACACUCGCGACGUCGAUGGAAACACACCACUCGCUCUAGCCGUUUUAUCAGGAGACUACCAAGCAGUGCGGCUGUUAGUAGACGAACUGGUCAAGUACCAACUCAGUGUUGACGUGCCCGACAACAACAAUGUAUGUCCGAUAACGAAGGCUAAAUGUACCAACAGAGAAAAGAUCUUUUUCCUUCUAAAGCGGUACAGUCGGCUGGUUUUUCUAGAGUGGAAAGAAUCCGUGCCUAGAGAUGAGAGUCCUGUCGGUAGGACCAACAGACCUGGUCGCAACUGUGCCCUUUCUACACCUCUUGCAGUGCCUCAGACGCCAGUCGAAUGGCAAGAGGUGAAAGAUCGGUGCCUCUCGGCUGAGCGUCAAGACGUAGCGUCGACGACUAGUUGUCAGUCGUGUCAGAGUGCAACGUCGAUGUCCGACGGCGAAGCGAACGAGAACGACGGCAAGAACCACCGCUCGCCAUCAACCAAAACGGUCCGCAUCCGUUCCAACGGUCCCUGCCGUCAAACUAAGUCUUCAUCUACAAGGUCGUCUGCCCCUUCUGUUGCCCAGGUCUCUAAACGCGUUGCUGUCAAUCCAUCGAAAAAACAAAGUCCUAAAUUUUCGAGCGUUUCCACCAGUUUUGAAGCCGCCACGUCGCUCAUGCUCAUCGGAGCGAACCAGAAACGGCCCGAUUUCCCUAACGGACGACACGUAUCCGCUCCGUUCAACGUCCAGCAAAUCGAGCAAAAAUGCAAGGAAGCGAACGACAACUGGCUGUCACUGAUGCAGAACCUCCGUCCCAGCUUGCGUCAAUCUCGAGAGAAGAAGAGCGGCACGCUCUCUAGCGUCGUCUGGCAAGCGGCUACUGCCUUCAAAACUCAAACCAGCCCCACACAAAAGCCAGAAGCGGUAACAUUUGCAGGCGACAAGACGAGGUCGUUGACAGCAAUGGUGCCCGACGGAGAGUCGCCGAGAACGACGACGGGAGAUUCUAAAAAGUUGAGAACGCGACUCACCAAUUGCUCGCUUGAAUCGAGCAUGUCGCUGAGUGAUAGAGAAGUGGGACGCGACACGACCAUGCCAACAAUUUGCCUCACACCUUCGACGGACAAAUGGACUCCGGGAUCCACGGGGAGUGUCAAUGAUGUCGUCCAGCUGUCUCCUCCGGUUUAGAGUGACUAUACACAAUAGUCUUGCUAGCUAGUGCAUGUCCUUGAAACAUUGUAUAGCAACUUCAAUUGCAAAUCUGUAUAUUGCUGUACUGUACCAUACUCUAGUACACAACAGGUCUCUCUGUAUCACACUGUACGGCGGACCUUCCAUCCGGGCAUUACACGUAGACUGGAUAGCUGCAUUUCUACUUUCGAUGCUUUGUAGCUAUUAGUUGUGCAAUAGAUUGGC